AUGUCACUUGCUGAUGAACUGUUAGCAGAUUUGGAAGAAGAUGAAGAGGUGACUGAAGAUACAGAACGUGAUGUCGUAGAAUCUCUGGAAGAAAUUGAUGAGCAGCUAACUUCAGCAGGAAAUUAUGACCGUGUUGGUUCUGUCGCCAAGUUAUUAUCAAAUCCGAAUUACAAAAAUCUCAUCGCCAAAAUGCAAGAACAGUUGGACUUGAAAGAAAUUCCACCAGUUACGAAGCCAUUAGAGGCAGAUCCUCAAUAUAAACUCAUCGUAGAACUUUCUGGGCUUGCUGCAGAAGUAGAUCAAGAAUUGAAUGUUAUUCACAAAUUUGUGCGGGAUAAAUAUGAAAAACGCUUUCCGGAAUUAGAGUCACUGGUACCAAAUUCGCUUGAAUACUUGGCGACAGUAAAACUUCUGGGAAACGAUAUUUCAACUAAAGGUCAAAAUAAGCAAAUUCUGAGCGAAAUUUUGGCUCCAGCUACAUGUAUUGUGGUGAGUGUGACAGCUUCAACUACGCAGGGAAAGGCUUUAGAACCAGAUGUACUAGCGGCUGUGCAAGAAGCUUGUGAUGUUGCAGAAAAAUUGCACACUGAUAGACUCAAUAUGUAUCAGUUGGUUGAAUCAAGAAUGGCACUUAUUGCUCCUAAUCUUUGCGAAAUACUUGGAGCUGGUACUGCCGCAAUGAUUGUGGCUAAGGCCGGAGGUCUUGCUCCACUUGCCCGUCUUCCUGCUUGCAAUGUACUGAUUCUUGGUACACAGAAGAAAACUUUAAGUGGUUUCAGUUCAACAGCUGUGUUACCACAUGCUGGUUUCCUCUUUUUCCAUCCUAUUGUUCAAGGAGUUCCCCCAGACUUAAGGCAAAAAGCUGCUCGAUUAUUAGCGGCAAAAACAACAUUAGCUGCACGUGUUGAUUUUAUUCAUGAAUCACUUGAUGGCUCAGUUGGGAAGAACUUGUUUGAACAAAUAAAGCAAAAAAUUGAGAAAAUGCUGGAACCUCCUCCAGUAAAAGCAGCAAAACCAUUACCAAAGCCAUUAGACAAGGCCAGUAAAAAACGAGGGGGACGCAGGGUACGAAAAAUGAAAGAACGAUUAGGUAUGACUGAGUUACGAAAGAAGUCGAAUCGCAUGAAUUUUGGUGAAUUAGCUGAGGAUGUUAUUCAAGAAAAUAUGGGAUUUUCUCUUGGACAAGCAAUGAGUGGUCCUACAUCUGGAGGUCGCAUUAGAAAUGCAACGGUUGAUCCGAAAACAAGAGCUAGAAUGUCACAAAAGCUUCAAAAAACAAUGGAACGACAGCGAGCUAUGGGUGGUGUAACGUCCAUCCGUUCUCGAGCUUCAGGAACUGCUUCAAGUGUAACUUUCACUCCUGUUCUGGGACUAGAGAUAGUUAAUCCAACGGUAAGGCGUGAUCAUACUGGUUCUUCAUCAACGACAUACUUCUCACCUUCUGCAUCAUUUAUGAAGGUUCAAAGCCCGAUUGCCCGACCUUAA